UCGGUCUGUUCUGGGUUGGGUUUUAGUCUCAAACCGCAGUGAAAUGUGAGACUCUGUAGGAUGUUGGACUCCGGGAAGGACAAAGACCCGAUCCCGGUCUGAUCCCAGUCCUGGUCCCGGUCCUGGUCCCGGUUCUCGGUGGAUGCGGAUCGAGGCGGAUCGUGCUGGACUCUGGACCCAGACGGACGAUAUGGCUGAAGAUGUCUGUGGAUUCUGAAAACUCCUGUGUUUUGUUGUCGUCGUGCGACUCCAGGACGUCAUGCAUCUUCCAAACGGCCGAUGAGAAGGAUGACAUCCCAGGGGUCGGAGAUGAAAGCGUCCUGGAGAUGCUGAGUUAUUCUAAGUUCUCAGACCUGGAGACAUGGCUGUGCAUGCCGUCCACUCUGCUGCUGCCUCGGCUGGACUCGGCCCAGACCUCGUCCUCUUCCUCGUCCUUGUCCUCCUGUCGGGGUUCCCAUGGCUCCGUCUCGUCCUCGCCGGCGUCCGAGUCACGGCGGUCGAUCUGCAGCGAACCAGGAGACGCCGCUGCAACGCUGAGAUCUCCAGACCGGGACUUGUCCUUCCUGACCCCUGCCCUGGUGAAGGAGACCCCGUUCCUGGCCACGCCCCUUGUCCCUCUCCUCUCUUCGACCCCGGUGGCGGCGGCACUGACCUCUGACCCCCCAGCGGCUACAGCUACGGUAGCAGCGACAUCAGUGGCGGCGGAUUCUGUUUCUCAGGGUGGGGUCAAUGUCAGGAAACGGCGUCGGAUCGCUGCCAGUCCAGGAGGACUCCACUGGACCCCUGCAGGUUCGGUGCAGAGGGACUUCUUCUGGUCACCUGAUCCGUCUCCGGGUUCGCGGGGGUCGGCGUGUGGAGUCGGUGGGCGGAGCCUCCCCCUCCGCGGCGCCGGCGUCUCUGAGUCCUGGACCAGGGCGUCAGAGCGGGCGGUUCUGAGGAAGACGGUGUCUGUGGACGACGAUCUGCUUCAGCCGACCAACGGACGCUUCCGACUGAGAGGAAAGAAGAAGAUCCGCAACGUCCAUAGUGUGGGAACAACCGGACGGUACGACGCCAGGAAAAAGUGGGACAGUCGGAUCUCUCGUUUGGCCCAGAAGUGGAACCAGAGACCAGGAGAUGCUCUGAUCAAAGACCUGAGACCCCUGUUUUACCCGGGAAUCCCCCGAUCCGCCACCAGCCUGGACAGACGUCUUCCGGCCAUCAUGACCCAGCAGAUGCAGAACCUCCAGCUGUCCCAGAACAGGAAGUGUCCCGGCGGACCGGCGUCGCCCAACGCCGCCAAACGCCUUUAUCGAAACCUGUCAGAGAAACUGCGAGGAAGCACCUCAUCCUUCGAAGACACGUACUUCUUCGGAAAGUCGGACCGACUCCGCAAGGCCUCGACGAUGCAGAGCAGUGACUGUAUCUUCGAGGCCGUGGAGCAGCAGGACCUGGACACGGUCCAGAUCCUGUUGUACCAGUUCUCAGCUGAGGAGCUGGACCUGAACACGCCCAACAGCCAAGGCCUGACGCCGCUCGACAUCGCCAUCAUGACCAACAACACGCCCAUCGCCAAACUGCUGCUGAAGGCCGGAGGCAAAGAGAGUCCACACUUCGUCAGCGUGGAGAGUCGCGAGGCCCACCUGAGCUCCCUGGUCCAGGAGGCGGAGCGUCGGGCGGCCGACCUGGCGGCGCAGGCCCAGAGGGACGGCCUUUCCCUGGAGGCGUGUCACAAAGACAAACAGCUGAGGGCCUGGGAGUGGAGGAGCAAACUGUACAAACGCAUGAGGACCGGCUUCCAGCACGCACGUGCCCCGGAGGCCCCGUCUAUGGUCCGUCUGAGCGUGAGCAGUAGCAGCUCUUUGACCGUCACCUUCCAGGAGCCCAGCUGCCUCAACUCCACCGUGGUGACCAAAUACAAAGUGGAGUGGAGCUGUCUGAAGGAUUUCUCUCUUCUGGUUGGAGAGCUGGUCUUGGACAAUCUGACCACGUUGAAGUGCACCGUCAACGGCCUCACCACGGGUCGUCUGUACUACGUGCGAGUGUCGGCCUAUAACAUGAAGGGCUGGGGUCCGACGGCCUCGUCUCUGCCUCCAUGUGCAGCUCCUUCCAAUUGGAGGGAGAGUGACGGACGGGAGCCGAAGAGGCGGGGCCAAAUCGAAGCCAUGGAGCGUCUUCUACAGCAGGUCCGAGCAACGCACAGUCACUACUGCUGUGGAGACUCAUCGAAGCUUCCGAACCCCAGCAGGAAGCAGUCGGUUUCCAGGAGCCUCAAACACCUCUUCAACUCCUCCAACAAGUUUGUGAAAACUCUGAAAAGGGGCAUGUACCUGGCCGCCGUCUUCUACCAUAAGGACAGUCUCCUGGUGACGGCCGAGGACCAGAUCCCCAUCGUGGAGGUGGACGACUCCUACAGCAGCUCCCUGAUGCAGGACUUCCUGUGGUUCACCAAGCUGUCCUGCAUGUGGGAGGAUGUCCGGUGGCUCAGACAGAGCAUGUCGGUGUCCAUGUCGUCGUCGUCCACCCUUCAGGCCAGACACAAAAUGCUGACCGCCGCCGGACAACUGCAGAACCUCCUGGGAACUCACAACCUGGGGCGGGUCCACUACGAGCCCAUCAAAGAUCGCCACGGUAACGUCCUGCUGGUGACCAUCCGCGACUUGGAGACUCAGCAUUCGCUGUUCAGCGGGAAAUGGAUGCAGGUGACCAAACUGCAGAGCCAGAGGAAGAGCCUGUCCACGCCUGAGGAGCCCUACGCCCUGGACAUACUCAUCAUCACCAUCCAGGACAUCCUGGCCUACCAGCGUCGCAGUACCCACCGCCUAGCUCCAGGACUCUACCUGGGUUACCUGAAGCUCAGCAGCUCCGUGGACCAGAUUAAGGUCCUGGUGUCCCAGCGGACUCCUAACAUGCUUUGCCACAGCCGGAUCCGCGACAACGCCAACGUGUCCAGGGAAGAGUGGGACUGGAUCCAGAAUCUUUCCGCUGUCGGAGAAAAAGACCAGUCUAGCGAGGACAGUGAGGAGGCGGGGCCUAGAGCAGAAAGCCACGCCCCUUUACUGUACUAUGAAUUGCAGACUGCCAUCAAAUCCCUGCUGAAACUCAUCAACCUACCUCUGCACCAGGCCCGUCACUUCCGUCUGUACAGUCAGGAAGUGGUCGAACUCGGUCAUGGCGUUUCCUUCCUGUUGCUGCUGCCAUCGGCUGACGACGUUUGCUCCGCCCCCGGACAGACCAACCCCUACGCCCCCCUGUCGGGGUUCCUCCACCUGCCUCUGCAGAUGUUUGAGCUCGUUCACUUCUGUACCUACAAAGAAAAGUUCAUCAGUCUGUACUGCCGUCUGUCCUCCGUCCUGGACCUGGACUCACUCAUUACCCAGCAGGCUUUGCGGGAGGCCAUCACCGACAGCGAGGUGGCAACAGCCAAACAGAGGCACCAGCUGAUCCUGGACUACAUCCAGCAACUCGAUGAGAUGCGCCGUGACCUGCGUUGGAUCACGGACGCUCUUCAGUACGCCCGCUACAAACAGCCCCGCGGCGGCGUCCCCAUCACCUGCCUGGUAAACGCCAGCACCCCAGAAACAGACUCCACCCAGCAGAAGACCGACUCCACCUCCUCCUCCACCAUGGACUACCUGCCCACGCCUUCACCGUCACCUGAACUACGACGACGCAAAGCCGUCAGCGAUUCCCAGUUCGGCUCAGAUGAAGACGGAUCUUCGGAGGUUUUCCUUCCGACUGACAGCGACUACGACUCCAGCGACGCCCUGAGUCCUCGAGACCUGGACCUGCUCUACUCCCCACCUCAGGAUCUAUCCCAGCAGGCCGUGCACUCGCUGGGCGGCAGCGCUCCGGACGUUCUGCAGAUCCACGAGCUCAGGUACAGCGUCUGUUCUCCGUCCGACCUCCCCCUGACCCCGCUGGUGAAGGACCCUAAACCCAAAGACCUCCCCCUGUCCUCCCCCCUCCUCCCCCUGCCCCUGACCCUGCCGCUGUCUCCGGCCCUGUCCGACACCACCAAGACCCUGGAGGGUCUGUCCCUGUCCCGGACCCACCAGGACGGGCCCGAGGCCGCCCCUCUGAGGGCCCUGGCGAACCCCCCCGCCAAACGCAAACUGCUGUCCAGGAGCCACCGGGGGCAGUACUUCAGCGGACCCCAGCGCUGGCUCCGGGGCCACAGCGGGGAGGUCCACACCGGGUCUUUAUCGGAGGGGGUCUACACCAAACAGACGGACCCGGACCUGCCUGGUCCAGGAGACCUGCCCCCCUCCCAGACCACACCCACCUACGUUAGCCACGCCUCCUGCGUCCUGGAGAGUCGUAAAGCCCACCGCCGGGAGCCUCGGCCCCACGUCCGCCGGAUCUUCGUGGAGCCCUGCAGGGACCCGUCACCGGGUCGGUGGGGUGAACCGGAACCGGAAACAGAACCGGAGGUGAAGGCGGCCGGGGUGUCAGUGGUGGUGGCGGAGGCGGAGUCUGGAGAAGAGGGGGAGGGGCAGGAUGGAGCCACUGCCUCCCAGGAUGUGGACUCGGACGACCAAACCAACGCCCAGGUUUCAGAGAUCCUCAGCAGUACUCUGUAGGGUCCAGGUCCGGAGGGUCGGGGGGGGGUCU